AGUCAUUUUAAAUUUUACUUCCAGAUGCUGUUUGGUAUUCAUGGGUGUAAGCAAGUUAGAUAUUCUAUACCGGAGACUUCUCCUCACAAAACUUUUUAUCAGAGGAUGGGGAAGACCAGAAGAUCUCAAGAGACUCUUUGAAUUCAGAAAGAUGAUUGGAAAUCGAGAAAGGUGCCAGAAUCUGGUUUCAAGUGACUAUCCAGUACACAUUGAUAAGGUUGAAGAACAGUCAGAUUGUAAGAUCCUAGAUGGACACUUUGUUUCUCCCAUGGCCCACUAUGUGCCUGGUAUCAUGCCAAUUGAAUCUGUUAUUGCAAGGUUCCAAUUUAUUGUGCCUAAGGAAUGGAACAGCAGAUACAGACCUGUGUGCAUUCAUCUGGCUGGAACAGGAGACCAUCAUUACUGGAGGCGCAGAACUCUCAUGGCUCGUCCUAUGAUUAAGGAGGCCCGAAUGGCUUCGUUGUUGCUAGAAAAUCCUUAUUAUGGCUGCAGGAAGCCCAAGGACCAAGUAAGAUCCAGCUUGAAAAAUGUGUCUGACCUAUUUGUGAUGGGGGGUGCUCUUAUUCUGGAGUCUGCAGCUCUCUUGCAUUGGCUGGAGAGGGAAGGUUAUGGACCUCUUGGGAUGACUGGAAUAUCCAUGGGAGGACAUAUGGCCUCUUUAGCAGUAUCUAACUGGCCCAAGCCCAUGCCAUUGAUUCCAUGCCUGUCUUGGUCCACAGCAUCUGGGGUCUUCACUACGGGUGUCUUGAGUAAAUCAAUUAAUUGGCGGGAGCUGGAAAAGCAGUAUUAUACACAAACAGUUUAUGAAGAAGAAAUUAUUCAUAUGCUUGAAUACUGUGGGACAGAUUCUUUCAAAAUGGGACAUGAGUUCAUGAAGCACUUCCCUAGCAGUACAGACAAGCUGACUAACCUGAAUCUGGUUUCCAGAACAUUAAAUUUAGAUAUGACAGACCAAGUUGUGUCCCCAAAUGCUAAGUGCCAUGAUUCUGGUAAAACAUCUAUCAGUGCUACUUCAAAAGGACACUUGUUGCAAGAUCCCGCUAAGAUGGAAUGCCUGAAUCAAACACUCUCAACUAACAAAAGCCAUUUUGCAAGUUACAACCCUCAGUCGCUUCACCUGCUCAGCAGAGAACAAAAAAGAAGCAAUCUUCAAAAAGAAUCUCUAAUAUUCAUGAAAGGAGUCAUGGAUGAAUGCACUCAUGUAGCAAACUUUUCAGUUCCAGUUGACCCAAGCCUCAUUAUUGUGGUACAAGCCAAAGAGGAUGCCUAUAUUCCACGAACAGGAGUUCGAAGCCUACAAGAAAUUUGGCCUGGUUGUGAAAUCCGCUACCUAGAAGGGGGUCAUAUAAGUGCUUAUCUCUUUAAACAAGGACUCUUCAGACAAGCCAUCUAUGAUGCCUUUGAACGUUUCCUUCAUAAGUAUGCUAACUAAUUGGAUCGACGUAUAAUAUCCUGGUUCCUACUAAAAGAAUUCUCCCUAUGAUGAUGUGAAAAACAAGCAGACAGUACUACUUACCUGAUUGCUGCCAUGUAGUCUGUAUGCCAGUGUUAUGGGUCAGUUACCAACUAUAGAUACAGUUCAGUAAUGUAAAAGCAGUACUUGAAUCAUAUAGUCUUGAAGUAUUUGUUACUUUUGAAAAUCUUACAUCCCCAAUAUGACAUCUAUUGUUACUAUUUAUAAAAAAGUUUUAAUUUUGAAUAAUUUAUUGAUUCAGAAUAGACAGAAACCCUAUUGGUUUUUAAUAGAAUUGUUGAAACUGAGAUUAUAAUAACAUCAUAUGUACAGUAUACUAUUAUAUGGCAUUUUUUUCUAUUAACUUGAUUUUUAAAACCUGUGUUCCUCCUUUUUGUCUAUGUAGUGGGUUAACAAUAUAGUUUUGAACUUUAGGUAAUUUUACUGCCAUAGACAUACCUAACAUAUGUAAAUCAGUGUUAGUUUUGAAUUAUGAAAAUAUCCUUACUGCUGAGCUAUGCCAAUAUGGUAGUAUAAAUUUGUAAUCCCAGCACUUGAGACAUAAAGGCAAGAGUAUCAAGAGUCCUGACAUUGUCCUUUACAUAGCAAAUUUGAGGCCAGCCUGAGCUACAGGAGACCCUGUCUCAAAACAUAUGCUUGGCAUGAUAGCUCAUGCCUUUAAUCCCAGCAGGUAGGGAACAGAGGCAGGCAAGUCUCUAUUGAGUUCAAGGCCAGUCUGGCCUAUAUAGCAAAUUGCAGGCCUGCCAAAGCUAUAUGAUAGAUAAAACUGUCUUUAAAAAAUAACACAUCAGUACAAAACAAAAAUUUUACUGCUUUGCAGUGCUUUUAAUAAUUAAACUGAAUGUUGAAAUAUAAGAUUAUUUUAGACUAGAAUAGGCUUUAAAUUUUUAUCAAAAUUAGGUCAGAAAAAGUGCCAGGGCUGGGGCUAUGUUUGCCCAGCCUAUGAAGGCUCUGAGGCCAUUCCUCAGGCCUGGCAAACAAAAAGAAAACCUGAACAUGUUUGGGGAUGGGAGUCAAACAUGUUUUAUCUACUUAAGAGAGUUUGUUUUGAAAAAUGGAUAUGAUAGAAGAACUUUGCACUUGAUGGUGGAUUCUGCCAGGCAUUUCUUACACACCUGGCUCUUCAGUUGCUUAAAGACUGAGUUAGCAGCUUUGACUUUUUAAUUUGAGAAUUUAAUAGCCACAUAUGAAACUGAACCAUUGUACAGAAAAACUUGAGAUUUUAUAGACUACUAACUUUUUUAAAUGGGAAUUAUAUGGAUAGAUAUUUGGUGCUGAUACUAAAUUUCUCUGAGCUAAAAUGUUUAAAAGGUAAUGUUUAAAAUGUGUUUAUGUUUGAAAUCUGUAUUGCCCUUAAAUUUAAACUAGGUCUUACUGGUCUAACGAGGAUAUGUGGAUUGUAACAUGCCUUUGGCAGCUUUUUUAAAGAUGUUGUGCCAUUCUAAUAUCUGUCACUAAAAUUCCUGACAAGUAUUUAAACAUCUUUACUGUGAAGUCAUUGAUGGUCAAGUAGUAGUUUCUUGGAUACUACUUUCAUAUAACGUUACAGUAAAACUAUUAGAGCUACAAUAAUUUUGUAUAUUCAGACUAGAACUUUUAACUUCAAGUACAAAAUUAUCCUUAAGAAUAAAACCUGAGCCAGCCAUUGGUGGCACACACCUUUAAUUCCCACACUUAGGAGGCAUAAGCAGGUGACUGGUCUACAGAGAGAGUUCCAGGACAGGCUCCAAAGCAAUACAGAGAAAUCCUGUCUUGAAAAACAAAAACAAACAAACAAACAAACCUGGGCCUGUGUACACCUUUAAUGUCAGUCAGUGCUUUGGAGGCAGAGGCAGGUGAAUCUCUGAGUUGGAGGCCAGCCUGGUCUACAGAAUGGAUUCCAGGACAGCCAGGGCUACACAUAGAAACCCUGUUUUAUUAACAAAAACCCCAAAGAACAACAACAACAACCAAAAAAACAAAACAAAACAAAAAAUUAAUUGGAUUCCACUAUUCUGUCAUACAUAACCUGACAUUUAAUUGGAUUUUGAACAUAGUUUUAGUAAAAACCAAUACUUUUUUCUUCACAUUUGCAUUUCUUAUUUUUUUAAAAAAUCUGUUAUGUAGUUUUCUUUUUCUACUAGUAAAAUAAUGAUAAUUUGAUAUUUUAAUUAAUUCUUGGACUAUUAUAGAAUUUUUAUCUUUUAAGAACUGGCUACAGAGUUGGGCAUCAUGGCUCACACCUUUAAUCCCAGCACUGGGAGGCAGAGUUCAAGGCCAGCCUGGUCUACCAAUCGAGUUCCAGGGCAGUCAGUGCUCCAUAGAGAAACAUUAUCUGAAAAAAAAGAAUUUGGUGUUACUGGCAGUAUGUGCCUGUGAUUCCAGCACUUGGGAGGCAGAAGCAGAGGAUUAGUCACAAGUUCCAGGACAGUUGGUCUGCAUAGUAUGUUCCAGACAACCCUGCUUUAAAUAAAUAAAUUCAUUUUCAUCCUUCAUUCACAAAAAUGCCUAAACCAAUUAAUUCAGAGAGAAAAAAUGCCUUUUUUCACAUUUCAUUAAACCCAUUCUGCAAAAUAGCAGCUUAGGUACAAACACAUACACACAUUAUUUAUAUCCUUUGAGAAAUUAAUAUAUUCUUAAAGAAAUUAUGCCUUCCAGUCUUCCACUUUGUGGAUUAGCUCUAUAAAAUAUCACAGAUUCAUUCAGACCAGGGUUGCAGGGAACUAGUCCUCACAAACCAGUUUGGCCCAGUUUUAUUUGGUGUACAUAGUAGGUGUGAAUUCCCAAUUCUGCCAGUGGACUUCUUAUGUGUAACUAAUAUUCUAUACUUUCUACUCAGCUCUAAAGACACCUGAUGUAGUUCUAUACUUAGACUUUAUGAUUUGCCAAUUUGUAAUUAGAUCAUUUUAUCAAUGUAUUUUUAAUGUGGUGCUUUUGCUUAUAAAUAUUAACAUUAUAACUGAAUUUUUAAAAUAUUUCCAAAAUUUUAUAUUUCAUAAUAAAAAUCUAUUUUAGAAUAUA